AUUGUUGGAUUAUUCAAUGGAGCAAAACAAUAUUUUAGCUACAUAUAUCUCAUAUAUUAUCGUAACAAUCGUUGAUUAAACUUACCUGUCACAACAAUGUCACACAACCGCAUUAUGCAAGGCUUGCAGUAUAUAUAUAGCUUGUCACAAAAGACGCCAUGUUGAAAAGAGAGACAGCAAAAUAAUACCGAGUACUACUGACUACUGGCUGAAUCUGAAAACACGUGCAAGCGGCACGCGUUUGGCAGUUUUCGAAGUUUUGAUUAAAUAAGAGUAUCAAAAUGCCUAAAAUAAGGAAAUUAAAGCGCAGGAAGAAGUUCCGAGCGAAUGUUAAUAGAAAGAGACUGAGAAAUAAAUUAGAAAAGCUUCCAAACAUUGAAUGUAAACCAAUAAAAGAAGCAUGGGAAAAAAAGAGGUCGACUGUGAAAAAUUUGGCCGAGAUGGGUCUAGCAUAUGAUCCAAACCAAAUUCUCAAAAUUCCAAAUGUAAAAAAGGAGAUGCUGAAGUUUAUUAAAGAAGGUGGGGAUGUUGAUGAUUCAGAAAGUGAGACCGAAGUUGAAGAAUUUGUUCCAAAGAAGUUACAUGUUGUGCAACGUUUAGAGGAAGAUGCUAAGCAUCCAAGAGCUAAGCUUUUUCGGUUGCCUAAUAACGAAGUGAACUUUGCUAAUUACAUGAUGGAUAAAUAUGGAGAUGAUUAUAAGGCAAUGGUGAGGGAUCGUAAAAAUUAUUACCAGUUGACUUGGCGUCAAAUUAAAGCAAAGAUUGAAAGGUUCAAAAGUAUUCCUGAGCAGUAUGCCGAGUAUUUAGUUAAGAAAGGAGAAAUUGUCCUGGAUGAUCCAACUCCAUUGAAGAAAAUCAAACCUGAAAUUUUGAAAGAAACCAUUGAAAAGAAACCCGAUGCAAAGCCUUCGAGGCGGCAAAGGAAACAAAAACAAACUAGCAUAAUACAAUCCAUUUGGCAGGAGGAGUCUAUAGGUGCAGAUGAAUCUAUGGAUAUCAGUGCAAAGACUUCUGAAGAUGGAAAAGAAAUUGAGCCCCUUACUGAAGUAACAAACAGUGAAAAGAAGUUACAACUAUUUUCAGAUGAUGAAGAUGAAAAAAAUAAUGAUAAUGACAAUGAUGAAGAGGAUGAUGAUUAUUCUGACAUUGAUGUUAGUGAUAGUGAAAAUGAGAGUGACAAAAAAGUAGAAGAAAUUAAAGUGACUAGACAUAAAGUACCAGUAAUGGUUGGCAAGCAUAAAAAAGCAAAUCUAAAAGUUAAAAAGUUAAAGGGCAGUUAAUUUGUAAGGAUUUUAUAAAUUUGUACAAUGUAGUUGUAUUUGUUUACAAAAAAUUACAUAUUUUAUGUAAAAAAUAUACUUAUUCUUAUUAUUUUACAAUACCUUUUAUAGAAGUUAAAGAUCAUUACUUUAUAUAAAUUAAAAAUUAUUAGAAAAUUUAAUAUACAUGCAGAAGUAUUGGUAUUAUUCUUCCACUGCUUCUUUGGCAGUUGCAACUUUGGUAGAAAAGAACUUUUCAGCUUCGUUUGCUAAAUGAAUUACAGUGUUAGAAGCUUUGAUGUGAUAUUUUUCUAUAUAGUUUCUGCUGUUUAACUCAGUCUCAUCUAAAAAGUAUCUACAAAGACAAAAAUAAAUAAUACAGUUUUAAAA